UUAAUAAAAAGUGAAAUUCGGACCUGUCUUACAUCACUCGGGUACCAUAAAUGUAAAUUAGCUUAUAGCAGUUGGUACGUUCGUACCGGAUGGUUAUAAAUUUAAAUGUAAAUAUUAUGGUGAAAAAGCUUUAUAUGGUUGAGGGUAGUCCGGUGGCGAAUGCGAUCCUUAUGGCAGCCAGAGCUUUUGAUGUUGAAUUGGAAUUGCAGCAGCUCGAUUUUGCUAAGCAAGAGUAUUUAGAGGAUUGGUAUCUGCAGAUCAAUCCUGCUCAUACAGUACCGGCGCUAGACGAUGAUGGAUUUAUCGUAUGGGACAGCCACGUCAUUCUAAUAUAUUUAGCAGAAACCUACGGGAGUAGCAGCACGCUGUUCUCUAAUAUUCCAAAAGUGAAAUAUAAAAUUUUACAAAUGCUCAAUUUCAAUUGCGGAACCGUUUUUAGGCGAUUGAGUGAUUGCCUGCGACCAAUAUUUUACGAGAAUCAAAAGACGAUAGAGCAAAAGUAUUUGGAAUCGCUCAAAGACAGUUAUAAAGUCUUGGAGCGGAUACUUGAAUCGUCAAAGUUUAUGGCCGCCGAUACGAUGACUAUAGCUGAUAUAAGUUUAUUUUCAUCCAUAGCAGUUACCGAUUUAAUCCUUCCAGUUACCGAUGUGGAAUAUCCAAGACUUAGGGAAUGGCUUAUUGAUAUGAAGAACACAGAUUUGUAUAAAGCGGGAGAACAAGGAGUGGACACUUUAAAAAAUGCAUUGGAUGUUAUGCUUGAAAUGUAGUCAAACAUAAACAAAAAAUAAAAGAACUAGCAUGAGUUC